ACUGUAUGUUCAAGGUGCGGCAGAGAAACACAGAUACGGGACAACAUCAGCGCUAGCUGCGGGCUAGUGCGGUUUACUUUGUUUUUUUUAGUCCUCGUUUCUAAGCUAAAUCCAACAUUGGAUGAAGAUUAUUUUUUAAGUGAGAUGCCGAAGUAGUUUAUUAGUCUGUCGAGAGUGUUAAGGAGCAUCGAAGUAGCAGCAGGGUCGGGCCGACAUAUUUACCCUCAGCCGAAGCUAACGGAAGCUAACGGGAAGCUAGCGGGCUAGCUUUCACAAGUGUGUAAACACCAAGAGCGAGAUUUAGCUGACUUUGUUUUUUAUUAAUAUCAACGUAACAAUGGCUGACGUCGACAAGCUCAACAUAGACAGUAUCAUCCAGCGCCUGUUAGAAGUCAGAGGGGCAAAGCCGGGCAAGAACGUACAGCUGCAGGAGAACGAGAUCCGAGGACUGUGCCUCAAAUCCAGGGAGAUCUUUCUCAGUCAACCCAUUCUCCUGGAGCUGGAGGCGCCGCUCAAGAUUUGUGGCGACAUCCACGGGCAGUACUAUGACCUGCUGAGGCUGUUUGAGUAUGGGGGCUUCCCUCCAGAGAGCAACUACCUGUUUCUGGGCGACUAUGUGGACAGGGGGAAGCAGUCUCUGGAAACCAUCUGUCUUCUCCUGGCCUACAAAAUCAAAUACCCAGAGAACUUCUUCCUGCUUAGGGGAAACCACGAGUGUGCUUCAAUCAACAGAAUAUACGGUUUCUAUGAUGAGUGUAAACGAAGGUACAACAUCAAGCUCUGGAAGACCUUCACAGAUUGUUUCAACUGUCUCCCUAUUUCUGCCAUUGUUGAUGAGAAGAUCUUUUGCUGCCAUGGAGGACUGUCACCUGACCUCCAGUCCAUGGAGCAGAUCAGACGCAUCAUGCGCCCCACCGAUGUCCCUGACCAGGGGCUGCUGUGCGACUUGCUCUGGUCUGAUCCAGAUAAGGAUGUUUUGGGCUGGGGGGAGAACGACAGGGGUGUAUCAUUUACUUUUGGCUCAGAGGUGGUCGCCAAGUUCCUGCACAAGCAUGACCUGGAUCUGAUCUGUCGCGCCCAUCAGGUUGUUGAGGAUGGCUAUGAAUUUUUCGCAAAGAGGCAGCUUGUCACUUUGUUCUCAGCGCCCAACUACUGCGGGGAGUUUGAUAAUGCUGGUGCCAUGAUGAGCGUGGAUGAGACCCUCAUGUGCUCCUUUCAGAUUCUGAAACCAGCCGAGAAGAAGAAGCCCAACGGGAGCCGUCCCGUCACCCCCCCUCGCAACAUGGUCACCAAGCAAGCCAAGAAAUGAGGAGGGGGACAAAUGGCCGGGGUCUCACGCCUCCACUCUGCUUUCGUCUUCUGCAUUUGAAGGAUUGUUUUUUUUUUUCCUUCAUGCUGCCAAUAUUGAAAAGAUGUUCACUCCUACCUGAUGAAAGCAAAAUGUUUAGUUGUUUUGUCCACAGGGGUAAUAAUUGAUAUGUCACCAUGGAAACCUCAGGUGUUUUGCACUCCAUUUUGCAGCUAGUCUUUGCCACAUAUGAUGGAUGAAUCAGGAACCAUGUAACAACACGGCUCCAUAUGCACAGGAAUGCCUUGUUUGAAGCUGUGCACAAUGUUUUCCACUUUCUUUUGAUUUCUUACUCAUUUGUUGUCUCUUUUUUCCCCUGUCGGUAAAGGGUAAUAAUGGCUAUAAGACCAACGGGGAAACUUCACAAACACCUGUUUACUUACAGUUGAUGAAAGUCAGUGCUAUAGGAUGUUGACUUUACACUGCAUUGUCACAUUUUAAAAUAAGUCCUGUGCUAAAUUAAGGAAAUAAACAAGCACUCUUGUAAUGUCUGAAACCUUUCUAAUAAACUUCGAGUGUAUUUUAGGGGGAAACAAGGA